UGCGUUUAGAUUUUAGGCGGAAGUUGCAGUUACAGUAAAUAGUUUGAAUUCUUUAUUAGUUUAAUACAUCGAAAUUUCUUUUAUGACAGACGGCUUAACUAUGUCAGAUACACCUUCCGACUUGGGUAACAAAGGGCCAGAACAAAAUUCUAUCACCAAUUCAUCAAGUCAAGUCGAAAACAGCGCGGGUGGUUUGUUGUGGAUUGUUCAUAUGAAUAGGUUUCGUCGUUUUUUGGUGUUAGGAAGCGAUACAGGCACUUUCUACAUUGACGAAAGAACGUUAGGCUCAGAAAAUGAGCAAGUCGUUUUGAAUCUUUUGCAAGCAGGAAGGGGUGUUGAAGUUGUCAAUGAAAUAGAGAAGUAUAGCAUUGAAGGACGAACUCUAAGACAGCAGGCCAUCGUGUUUUCUCUCGCUGUUUGUGCGCGGAAGGGAGAUCUUGACACGAAAAAAAAAGCAUACGAUGCUUUACCCAAGGUCUGUCGAACUCCGACUCAUUUGUUUAUGUUUAUUGAGUUCUGCAAGUUGUUCAGUCAGCCUCGGAAAGGUUGGGGUCGAGCCCAUAGGAAUGCCAUAAAACGUUGGUACAAAAAAAAAGAUCCAUGGAAACUGGCGAUGGAUCUCACCAAAUAUCAAAAGCGUGAAGGAUGGUCACAUAGGGAUGUUGCAAGGUUAAUGCAUCUUAGGUCAGAAGGAACUGAUGUUUCUGAUGAAUUGUUUGUUAUAAUGAUGUAUGUUGUUUGUGGUUGGAAGAAGGUUUUGACAUGUUUCUUUCCUGAAGAUAAGACAACUCCACAUCGUCCUAUUGGAGAGAAUGGCAGUGCAAUGUUGGUAUUUCUUAGGGCAAUUGAAAAUAUAAAAACAGCGCAAGAGGAGGCGAGAGUGGUUGAACUGAUAAAUAAACAUAAUCUUGUUAGAGAACAUAUUCCAACACAUUGGCUAAGAUCCAAAGAGGUGUGGGAUGCUCUAUUAAAGAAAAUGCCAAUGAUUGCAAUGAUACGUAACUUGAACAAAAUGACUUCCAUUGGCUUGCUUGCUGAAGGAUCACCUCAGGUUAAAGAUGUUUGUGAUAAACUGUGCAACAAGGAUCUGUUAAGAAAUGCACGUAUCCAUCCAUUUAACAUGUUAUUAGCUUGGAAAACUUACCAGUCUGGAAAGUCUACAUGCAAGUCUCACAAGGGUAAUAAAAGUCCUUUGAAAUGGAAAGCCAACAAGGAAAUCACCAAAGCCUUGGAGGAAGCAUUUUAUUUAUCAUUUAAGAAUAUCGACCCAACAGGUAAGAGUUAUAUGCUGGCUCUCAAUGUAAGUGGCUCAAUGCAAUCCAGUGGAUAUAUUGGUGCAAGUUCAAUAAAACCUCACAUGGCUUCUGCUGCAAUGGCUAUGAUGACAGCACGAACAGAAGAACAUCACAAAUUUGUUGCAUUUAGUCAUGAAAUAGUUCCGAUUGAGAUAGCCAGUGACAUGAAUUUGGAUGGAGUUUUACAGAUUUAUGAUGAAAUUCCAGAAGGUGAAACAGACUGUGCUCAACCCAUGCUUUAUGCCCUUUACAACAAUUUAAAGAUUGAUGUCUUUAUUGUUUACACUGACUCUGAAACAUUUGGUGAUGUUCAUCCAAGGGAGGCUCUCAAACAAUAUCGUCACCAUUCAGAGAUUCAUGAUGCUAAACUCAUUGUGGUUGCCAUGACAUCAAAGGGUGUCACAAUUGCUGACCCAGAUGAUCCUGGGAUGCUUGAUAUAGCUGGCUUUGACUCUGCUGCACCACAAGUGAUGAGAAAGUUUAUCGUGGGGAGCCUUUAGAAAUUUAAUGAACAUCGUAGUAUCUUCUCCACAAAUGUCCUCAUCAUGAUGUGACAAAUUUCAUUUUAUUGUAGUAACUCCUAUGUAUGUAACUGCACUCAUACACAUUUUUCUAUUUUAAUGAUCAUUUGCACUAUUUUUUAACGCUAGCUUGCACUCCAGUAUUUUAUAGAAAUUCUUCUUUCUUUGACUCAAGUAUUAUACAAAACAUUCAUUAAAUGAAA